CAGUCCCAGCGAAGGCAAGGCUCAAGCCACGCCGAAAGCGUUUAGUUACUUUAGGAUAGGUUGCAAGUGGAUCUUGAAAUCCCGUGAUGCCCACGCCGAUCAUAAGCCUGGAUUUCUUCGCCUUGAUUGUCCCUGCUGACCCUAGCAGAAGCCGAGUCAAGAAAGCGGCCCCACACCGCUCCGGGAGUUGAUAUGCAAAAUAGUUACGUCAGAUGGUGGGGGCGGGGCACUCCCGGGUUGAGUGGCAGUAGCUCUUGCCCAGGGAGGAGGUGCGAGAAUCAGCCUGGUUCAGUGACUGAGACAAACUGGAGGUGAGAGGAGCUGGUCCUGCGCACUGAGCUGUCGGUGCUGAACCUGGGACGUGAGCGGACCGGGUGCUCCAGCUCCUCGAGGCACCGCCCUCUUGCACCCUCUGUGCCCCGCGGUACCCGCUUCAACAGCAGGACCCUUUCAACUUGACAAAGGAGUGUGGUAUCGGACGUGGGAGAGUCCUCUCUUUGCCACCUGGGCGCCCAUUCAGGCGUGACUUUGGAAAUUUCUAUAGUUUUAGACCAAACUAUUUUGAUAUUCUCCCAUCCAAGACGUUCUUUUCAGUUUUGUUUUUAUUUUUAUUUUUAAUUUUUUUGUGUGAUUUAUAUAUACAUACCCUUUAAGAAUCAUUUUGGGGGACUUUUUGACUGUUAAAAUAAGGUGAAAAGCAAUAAGGAUGUUUAAGUGCUGGUCUGCUGUUUUAGUUCUCGGAUUCGUUUUUCUGGAAUCAGAAGGAAGGCCUACAAAAGAAGGAGGAUAUGGACUUAAAUCCUAUCAACCUCUGCUAAGAUUGCGGCACAAGCCAGAAAAAAGUCAAGACAGUUCAAGAAUCAAAGGAUUCCUGAUCCAGGAUGGUCCUUUUGGAUCUUGCGAAAAUAAAUACUGUGGUUUGGGAAGACACUGUGUUCUCAACAGAGAGAUGGGACAAGCAGAAUGUGCCUGCAUGGAGCUCUGCAAACGGCACUACAAGCCUGUGUGUGGAUCUGAUGGAGAAUUUUAUGAAAACCAUUGUGAAGUACACAGAGCUGCUUGCCUGAAAAAACAGAAGAUUACCAUUGUUCACAAUGAAGACUGUUUCUUCAAAGGAGAUAACUGCAAGACCACUGAAUACAACGAGAUGAAAACCAUGCUUUUAGAUUUACAAAAUCAGAAAUAUAUUCCCCAAGAAAACGAAAGCCCUAAUGAUAAUGACAUAUCUCGGAAGAAGCUUUUGGUGGAUCAAAUGUUUAAAUAUUUUGAUGCUGACAGCAGUGGACUUAUAGAUAUUAAUGAACUCACUCAGAUGAUAAAACAGGAAGAACUUGGCAAAGAUCUAUCUGAAUGUACUUUGUAUGAUCUCCUGAAAUAUGAUGAUUUUAAUUCUGACAAGCACCUGGCUCUUGAAGAAUUUUAUAAAGCAUUCCAGGUUAUCCAGCUGAGUCUGCCUGAAGAUCAGAAGCUAAGCACUAUGGCAGCCACUGUGGGACAAAGUGCUGUUCUGAGCUGUGCCAUUCAGGGAGCCCUGAGACCCCCCAUCAUCUGGAAAAGGAACAAUAUUAUUCUAAACAAUUUAGAUUUGGAAGACAUCAAUGACUUUGGAGAUGACGGGUCCUUGUACAUCACUAAGGUUACCACAACUCACAUGGGCAAUUACACCUGCUAUGCAGCUGGCUAUGAACAAGUCUAUCAGACUCACAUAUUCCAAGUGAAUGUUCCUCCAGUCAUCCGGGUCUAUCCAGAGAGUCAAGCUAGGGAACCUGGAGUAACUGCUAGCCUUAGGUGCCAUGCAGAGGGUAUACCAAACCCGCAGCUUGGCUGGCUGAAGAAUGGAAUCGAUAUUACCCCAAAGCUGUCCAAACAACUCACUCUUCAAGCAAAUGGCAGUGAGGUUCACAUAAGCAAUGUGCGCUAUGAAGAUACAGGAGCAUAUACUUGUAUUGCAAAAAAUGAAGCAGGAGUGGAUGAAGACAUCUCUUCUCUUUUUGUGGAAGAUUCUGCCAGAAAGACCCUAGCUAACAUAUUAUGGAGAGAAGAAGGUUUGGGAAUUGGAAACAUGUUCUAUGUUUUUUAUGAAGAUGGAAUCAAAGUGAUACAGCCCAUAGAAUGUGAAUUUCAGAGGCACAUUAAGCCUAGUGAAAAGCUCCUUGGAUUUCAGGAUGAAGUCUGUCCUAAAGCUGAAGGAGAUGAAAUUCAGAAAUGUGUGUGGGCCUCAGCUGUAAAUGUCAAAGACAAGUUCAUUUAUGUAGCACAGCCGACUUUGGACAGAGUCCUUAUUGUUGAUGUACAGUCCCAAAAAGUUGUUCAGGCAGUGAGCACAGACCCAGUCCCAGUUAAAUUGCACUAUGACAAAUCACAUGACCAGGUUUGGGUGCUAAGCUGGGGUACCAUGGAAAAGACUUCACCAACUCUGCAGGUAAUCACCCUGGCCAGUAGCAAUGCGCCUCACCACACAAUCCACACACAGCCAGUGGGAAAGCAAUUUGACAGAGUGGAUGAUUUUUUCAUUCCCACCACAACGCUCAUCAUCAACCAUAUAAGGUUUGGAUUUAUACUUCAUAAAGAUGAAGCUGCACUACAAAAAAUUGACCUUGAAACCAUGUCUUACAUCAAGACAAUUAACUUGAGGGAGUACAAGUGCAUUCCUCAAUCACUGGCUUAUACACACCUGGGAGGAUACUACUUUAUUGGCUGCAAACCUGACAGCACUGGAGCAAUCCCACCACAGCUCAUAGUGGACGGUGUCACCGACUCAGUCAUUGGAUUCAACGGUGAUGUAACAGGCACGCCGUAUGUCUCCCCUGACGGGCACUAUCUUGUCAGCAUUAAUGAUGUGAAAGGUCUUGUGUGGGUGCAGUACAUUUCCAUCAGAGGAGAAAUACAGGAGGCUUUUGAUAUUCACACAAAUUUGCACAUAUCUGAUGUGGCAUUUCAACCAUCCUUUACGGAAGCUCACCAAUACAAUAUCUAUGGUAGUUCAAGUAUGCAAACUGAUGUACUAUUUGUGGAGCUCUCCUCUGGGAAUGUUAAGAUGUUAAAGAGCCUUAAGGAACCACUCAAGGCAGAAGAAUGGCCUUGGAACCAGAAGAACAGGCAAAUCCAGGACAGCGGCUUGUUUGGUCAAUAUCUGAUGACACCUUCCAAAAACUCGCUCUUUAUACUAGAUGGACGACUCAAUAAGUUAAAUUGUGAGAUCACUGAAGUCGAGAAAGGAAAUACAGUCAUUUGGGUUGGAGAUGCCUAGAAGCCCUAUUAGAUAAUUAUUGAAUUAAAAGUUUUACAGUCCAUUGCACUUAAUCUAUUAUUUGAAUUUACAGCUUAACUUUUAAAGUUUAUAUCCUAGUCAAACAUAAGUUAUUUAGUUGGCCCAAAUAAGUUAGAAUGAUUGUUGUUUGGCACAGACAUGCACAUUUAGUAAUAUGGAUUGAUUAAAAAUAUUAAACACAAUAUUUAACAAGAAACUGCACUGAUCACAACAAUCAAAUCUUUAGUUAUGUUUUAAACCAAUAAAAUAGGAUUUUAAAUAUUUAAAAUAAAUAACUGCAGGGAAUUUCAGAUGACUUAAGCACCAUUUCGAGGGUAGGUUAGUAAUUUUUUUCUCCAUCCUUUUGGUAUGCUUAAAUUAGAAAUAAAAGGUGUUGUGGAACCUUAAAAUGCUUAACUCUAAAUAGUUGGUCCUAUCCACUGUUUAUAAUCUUUUGUGCCUUGAAGGUAAUGUCACAUGAGGAAAUAGAGGACUAGAAGCUGCAUACCCAAUACCCUCUAACUAUAAAUUGCUUGUCAUUAAAAGAGAAAAUUUUGA